UUUCCCAGAAUGCAUCGGUUACCAGAAGCGCAUUAUCACCAUCAUCGUCACUGUUUACAGCUGGGAUCAACGAUUUCGCGUUUUAUUUCCUGUAAAACCAAGCACGCGUCGUGGCAAAGACUUGGCAAUUGAAGCGACAAUUGUUUGGAGAAUACACACGACUUGAAAACUGGCCCCUCCGCUGCCCGUCACCAUGCCCGCGCUUUUGGAGAGACCAAAGCUGUCCAACGCGAUGGCCCGAGCCCUCCACAAGCACAUCAUGAGGGAACGCGAGCGUAAGCGACAAGAGGAGGAAGAAGUCGACAAGAUGAUGGAACAGAAGAUGAGGGAGGAGGAGGAGAGGAAGAGGACCAAAGAGAUCGAGGAGAGGAUGUCCUUAGAGGAAACCAAGGAACAGGUGAUGAAGAUGGGCGAAAAGCUUCAAGGGCUUCAAGAGGAGAAGCAUCAGCUCUUCUUGCAACUCAAGAAAGUCCUCCACGAAGAGGAGAAAAGAAGGCGGAAGGAGCAGAGCGACAUCACCACGCUAACGUCUGCGAGCUACCAAGCUAGCCUUCCCAUGCACGCGGGCCAGCACCUACUCAGCAUUCAAGGCAGUCCCGUGAGCCACAGUCGACCCGGAGCGCUGCUGGCAGAUCGCGGCAAGCAACUUUUCCAGAGCGCCAUUCUUCCCACGCGUCACUAUCAGGCGCCGGCGUUCUCCUCUGCUUCGGGCGAAUUCAGCGGGGGCGCGCACGAGUCGUACGGGGUGGCCCAAGCCCAGCAUCCCGCCACCUACGCCCCGGGGCCUUCCGUGCCGGUCAGUUUCGCUAGCGGAUCUCAGAUCAGAGGAGCGUCCGCCUUUCAGGCCAUGCAGUAUCUGCCGCACCAGCAGCCCGGCUACCCGGUCCACAGUCACUUCACCUCUCAGCCCGGCUACAUCCCAGGCGCCGGAAUCCCCCUCCAGAAGCAGCUGGAACACGCCAAUCAGCAGUCGGGGUUUACAGACGCGGGUGCCCUGAGGCCCAUGCACCCGCCCGCCAUGCAUCCCUCAGCUCAAGGCCUGCUGCCCACGCCGUCCAUGGCCGUGCAGAUUCCCGGCGCCAAGGUGAAGCCGCCACGUUCCGACCGGCGCGCUCGCUCCGCUAACGUCUUUUUCCAUGUCGCGCAGGCGGCGUUCCAGACCUCGCCGCAAGCCGCGCCGCGUCACGGCUUCCUGCCUCACGCCCAAAGCGGCCAGAGGUUUUACCACCACGGCAAGUGACUUCGGACGGGAUUCGGCAAUCUUUAGUUUCAUUUAGAAAUUCUACCGUGUGCUUAAUAAAAUGUCAAUUCAAUUCA